GUUUUUUUUUUUUUUAUUCUCUUUCUUUUUCUUUUCAUUCUUUUUCUUUAUCACAUAUUUAUUAUUAUCAUGUUCUCCCGAUGUCUUCUUACUACCACCACUAGAAAUGGUAUGAAUCGUCUAGUAGCUCCCAUCACCUUUCGCUCUAUUCACAGUACCCACACUAGCAGCAAAGAAGCCUAUUUGGAACAUUUACAAGGUGAUCAACAAGGUAUCAGUGUAUUAAAACUAAACCGUCCUGCUGCUCGUAAUGCUUUAUCCGUCAAAUUGGUACAAGAAAUUCGUGAAGCUUUAUCAGAAAUUCGUUUCUCAAACGAUUCACGUGUAUUGAUUUUGGAAAGUCUGGUAGAUGGUGUAUUUUGUGCUGGUGCUGAUUUGAAGGAAAGAGCAAAUAUGACUCCUACUCAAGUUUCUGAAUUCUUAUAUAAUCUUCGACAAGCUUUCCGAGAAUUGGAGACAUUACCCAUUCCAACCAUUGCUGCUCUUGAUGGUACCGCUGUUGGAGGAGGAUUAGAAAUGGCCUUAGCUUGUGAUAUGCGUAUGGCAGGUCCACAAGCAAAAAUGGGGUUGGUGGAAACGCGUCUUGCCAUUUUACCAGGUGCUGGUGGUACUCAACGAUUAUCAAGACUGAUUGGUACUUCCAAAGCCAAAGAAUUGAUUUUCACAGCAUCUAUUUUGGAUGGAAAAACUGCUCAAGAUUAUGGCAUUGUCAAUUAUGCUAUGGAUGAUACCACUGGAUUUACAAAAGCCGUUGAAAUAGGGCAACGUAUUUUACCUAAUGGUCCUAUUGGUGUGAAACUAGCCAAAUUAGCUGUGGAUCGUGGUGCUCAUUUGGAUAUGGAUUCUGGUUUGGAAGUAGAACAAUCUUAUUAUGGUCAAGUAAUACAUACAAAGGAUAGAUUAGAAGGAUUAUUGGCAUUCAAGGAAAAGAGAAAACCAGUUUACAAAGGACAUUAGACAUAGAUUACACCUCUUUAGCUUUAGCAUAGUUUUAUCAAUACUGCGAAUGUCGCACGGAGUAUGGAAAACAAUUCAUUCUUUAAAUAAAAAAAAAAAAAAAAAGGUUUUUCCUGCCUUCUUUUUUUUUCCUUUUCUUU